AGAGAGCAGUGCAGCUGCUCGGUAAAUGUCAAAGAGCCUCCAGAGUUUGUAAAGCCUUUUGAAUCGGCUGAGUUUGUGAAGGGAUCUGAUAUUAUUCUGAAAGGAACCGUCUCAGGUUCCCCUCCAUUUGAAAUAAGCUGCUUCCUGAACGAUAAGCUGAUAAGAGGCAAUAAUAAGCAUCAAAUCCAUGUUGAAAGAGACACAGUGACUCUUCAGAUAUCUGACUGUGACAGCAGGGAUGAUGGGACUUACCGCUGCACGGUUGCAAAUGAUGUUGGGGAGACAUCUUGUUCUUGCCAGGUUUCAUUGAAAGAGCCUCCUCAGUUUACCCUGAAACUGCCUCCCACCACCUUUGUGAAGCACGGUGAGGGAAUCAUCUUAGAGUGCACGACCAACAGUGCACGCUCUUUAAAAAUGUGCUGGUAUAAAAAUGACCAGAAGAUAAGCGACGAUGGAAACUAUAGAGCCACGCUCUUGGAGUCGGCUGCAUCCCUGCAGCUCAGCUCUGCGAGCUUUGAGGAUGAUGGGGUCUACACCUGUGAGGUUCACAAUGAUGCGGGCAGUGCGAGCUGCAGCACCACUCUUACCGUCCAAGAGUCCCCAUCUUUUCUUAAAACUCCACUCCCAGUGGAAGGCAUUCAAGGCAAAGAUACCAGUCUUCACUGUGAGAUGGAAGGAACUCAACCUUUCAAAGUUAUGUGGUUCAAAGACAGAAGAGCCCUAAAAGAGAGUAGGAAGUAUAAGAUGGUUAGUUUGGGCAACUCGGCUGCUCUCCAUGUCAUGAAACUGGAGCAGAAUGAUGUUGGCCUCUAUGAGUGCCAGGUCUCCAACAGUGUAGGCAGUGAGAUCUGCCAGACUUCCAUCACGCUGAAGGAACCACCAACCUUUGUCAACCACCUGCUGGACCAGUCUGUAAGACUCGGCCAGCAGCUGACGCUGACAGCUGCGGUAAAAGGCUCAGAGCCUCUGAUCGUGUCUUGGAUCCGGGACAAAGAUCACGUCCUCAGAGACAGUGAUAACAGGAAGAUCAGCUUUGAGAACAACCAGGCCACUCUGGUGGUUUCCAAGGCUGACUCGACGACGGCGGGCAGAUACACCUGCCAGCUGAGGAACGACGCCGGAGUGGUGGAGUCAGUCUCCCAGGUUACAGUUUUAGAACCUGCCGCCAUCGUAGAGAGCCCAGAAUCCAUGAGCGUCACCGCAGGAGAAAACGCUUCCAUUGAAGUUACUGUGUCUGGUUCACCAGAACUGAAAACCAAAUGGUUGAAGGACAACCAAGCCCUGAGUUCUGGUGCAAAAUAUCAGAUGUCCUUUGCCAAGAAGGUUGCCAUUCUGAAGAUCCGUUCUGCUGACAAAGCAGAUGCUGGAGAAUAUAAACUAGAGCUUACUAAUCAUGUUGGUGCUGACUCUUGUGUAACCAAGCUCUCAGUCUCAGAUAAGUUGAUUCCUCCAAGUUUCAUAAAGAAGCUGAAGGACACCCACUUUGUUGUGGGUAAGCCUGCUGAGCUGGAGUGCAAAGCUACUGGAUCUUCUCCUUUAACCAUUUCCUGGUUCCAUAAUGGCCAGGAGAUCCAAAGCGGUCCCUAUUAUGACAUCAGCUCCACGGAUCAUAAUUGCAGGCUGCUGGUUUUAACUGUCAGUCAGUCUGAUUCUGGGAAAUACUCCUGUAAAGCAGCCAAUGCUGCAGGAGCCUGUGAGACCAGCGCCUCGGCUGAUGUGACAGAACCUCCCUCAUUUGUGGAGACCUCCGAAGCCGAAGAAACCGUGCCUGGGAAAAACGUCACGCUCUCAGCGAGAGUGACAGGCAGCUCGCCGCUGCAGGUCAAAUGGUUCAGGGGAGCCAAAGAAAUGCAGCACGGAAGAGGCUGUGAGAUCUUAAUGAAGGCCGAUGUGGCCUCUCUGGUUCUCCACAGAGUCGAUAAGACUCAUGCAGGAGAGUACACCUGCCAAGUGUCUAACAAUGCGGGGAAGGAAAGCCGUUCCCUUCAUCUCUUUGUUAAAGGUUUGUCUGCAUGAAACUCUUUGUUCCUAAAGGUGACAGAUCUACUGAUGGUUCAAAUGACUUUCCCCAUUAG